UAUUUCGGUUCUCUCUCUCUCUCUCACUGCUCCCUGCGUCUCUCUUCUUUGGACAAAAGUUCAGACAACUGAUCCGAACGCCGAUGAUUCCACCUCGAUUCCGACCUCUCCGACGAGAAUCUCUCCACAACCUCCUCAGAUCGGUUCCUGUCUCGGCGUAACCUUUCGCCUGCUUUUGAAGAUUAAACUUAGCUGGACUUGAGGCAAACUUCCAGCUCAUAUGGGCUUUUCUUUAUAGCUGCUAAAGGGUGUUCCAAAUCUAUAUAAUCUUGCAUGGGGAUUCAGACGAUGGGAUCUCAAGCUGGUGGCGGUGGCAGUGGCAGCAGUAACGGAAAGCACAGUCAGCUACAGGGAUUGACUCGGCAGAAUUCAAUAUACAGUCUUACACUCGAUGAGGUCCAGAACCAGUUGGGUGACUUGGGGAAGCCAUUGAGCAGCAUGAACCUCGAUGAGCUUCUCAAGAAUGUUUGGACUGCUGAGGCCGGCCAGCCGUUGGGUGUAGACAUUGAGGGUACAACUUCAGGCAAUCAAACCAACAUACAGCGUCAGGGAAGCCUGUCAUUAAUUGGUGCAUGGAGCAAGAAGACAGUCGAUGAAGUCUGGAGAGAUAUACAGCAGAAUAAGGACGGCGGGGAGAAGAAAUCACAGGAACGACAGCCCACUUUGGGGGAGAUGACUCUGGAAGACUUUCUGGUGAAGGCGGGCGUCCCGGUUGAAUCAUCUCCCGACAAGAGAAGCGCAAAUCCUGCCGUUGGAGUCGAUCCAAGCAUAGCAGCGCAAUUUCCACCACAGGGUCAGUGGAUUCAAUAUCCACCGCAGCCUCAAUUUUCACAUCCCUCGCAAAGUAUGAUGGGUGUUUAUACACCAGCGCAGCCUUUGCCUCAGCCAUUGCAAAUGGGAGCUGGUGGCAUGAUGGAUAUCCCAUAUCCUGAUAGCCAACUUGCUUUGCCUUCUCCAUUAAUGGGGACAUUGUCAGACACACAGACGAGUGGGAGGAAAAGAGGGGUGACUGAAGACAUAAUCGAGAAGAGUGUGGAAAGAAGGCAGAAGAGAAUGAUAAAAAACAGGGAGUCUGCUGCUCGUUCACGCGCUAGAAAACAGGCUUACACAAAUGAACUGGAGCAAAAAGUUUCCCGGCUGGAAGAGGAAAAUGAAAGGCUUAGGAAGCGGAAGGUGUUCGAGAACAUGUUUCCUGCUGCCCAGCCACCUGAGCCGAGGUUCCAGCUUCGGAGAACAUCAUCAGCUCCAUUCUGAAAGCAUGGUAUCAGCGUGCUGGAGGUUUUGUAGAUAAAGGAAAAGGAAGAUGCCUCUGGUGGAGCUUGUUCCUGGAUCUCGUUAGUAGAAGAUAGAAAAAGGUUAAAGAUGUGUAUGAAGACUGUGCAAAUCGGGCAUCUGAGAUGGCCUUGUUGAUGUUUGUCUGUGCCCUGUAUUUGGUCCCUUCCCUAGAAAAGAAAUUGAAUUUGUUACUGGACCAAUUUGUAGUGUUACAGUUAUGAUUUUCCCUAACAAAUACUGCCCCAGAAAUUUGUAACUUUGGAUCUUCACUGAGUUUCAGUAUAUAGUCAGUUUUGUUCACAA